GACACAAUUGGGCCAAUUCAGCUGCCGUAGGCUGAUCCCAGCCCAGGCUCUAGAUCCUGCCAGGGAGGAGGGUUCCAUCGCCUGUUGCCUUGUGUCCUCCUGACCACGUGGUCCGGUCUUCUGACCCUUCCCUGCAGGGCCCUUCCUCCCUUUGCCCCAUGGCUAGAGCUUGCAGUGCCCUCCUCACCCCACCCUCCAGAAGCCCCAGGCUCACCCUGGGGAUUUAUCCCCCCUGCCAUGGAUCCCACUGCUUAGCCCCACUGAACCAGCUGGAUAGUCCCAGGGUCAUUUGCAGCCUUACCGCCUCUGGCGUUCAAGUUCCUGACAAACACAAUGUUGCUUUUUGCCCUCCAUGUGGGUUUCCAAAGUGUGGAACAUGAUCCUGGGGCAAGGGGUGGUAUGUGAUCCGCGGCUGGUAUGUGCACUUGAUGUUCUGGCCCAGUCAUGCCACAAGAAUUCUCUAAGAAGGUUUACCACCACAGAAAUAAACCACAAUGUCCAACAAAUGUGAUUUGUCUAAGGAAGAGAAAGUGGGGGUCAUAUGCCGUCUGCUGUAUCAGGCACCUCCAGGCGAAUUCUACAGUGUUUUUGAAGAUCUCUGUAUUCUGGUCCAGGAUGAUGACCUAAUGAGGCAAGAGGCUGCCCAGGUCUGUGCCCAUCACAAUAAGAACAAUUUCACCUUAGUCAGAAUAGAAGGAACCAAUGUGCUGGUGACUCGCUACAAUGACCUAGGAGGAAAUCGCUUUUUUGACCCUAAAUAUAAAUUUUCUUUCAAAUUUGAUCACUUGAGUGGAAUAUCAAACAAAUUUCAGCUCCACGGGGUAGCAUGGGAUGAGACAGAGUUAUGGAGAACAGCCCUAAAUAGUGCUUUAAAGGCAUACGUGGAUAGUCACUUUCCUUCAGGGGACUGCUGUGUAUUUAGAAAAACCUUGAAAAACAGGCAGGUAUUUGUGGUCUGUAUUGCAAGUCAUCAGUACAAACCGUUGGGUUUCUGGAAUGGCCUUUGGAAAGGUGAAUGGACUUUUUCCCAGAUUCCAGUUAUUACUCAGGUUACAGGGGCCAUUCAUACGCAAGUACACUACUUUAAAGAUGCUAACCUCCACAUGACAGUCUGCAAGACUGUUGAAGAGACAUUGCAUGUAAUUGACCCAGCCCAGUUGGCCAUAGAUUUUGUGAAACUCAUAGAAACUGAAGACAACAAAUUUCACAUUGCCAUGCUGGAAAACUUCCAAGCUUUGACAGAUGAAAUCUGGAGAAAAAUUCUACGAAGGCAGCUCCCAGUCACUCGCACGAUCAUUAACUGGAAUAAACUGCUGACCAAUCAAAGCAUAAAAGCCAAUAUUUCCAGUCAUGAGGUGCCACUGAGUUUAACUAAGUGUACGGUUUGAGUAAAAUAUAGCCCAAAUAAAACUAACAAUCACUGUG